GAGAGUGGAAAGUACAGAUUUGACCAGAGACCAUGGCAACCAGCUUCAUACUCCUGCUGUUCUUUGUGCUAAAUGGGGCUGAUGCUUCUCACAUUGUUGGAGGCAGAGAUGCUGCCCCCCACUCGCGCCCCUACAUGGCCUCGUUGCAAGUCCGAGGUCGCCUUAACUGUGGGGGGGCACUGGUGAGAGAAGACUUUGUGCUCACAGCAGCACAUUGUCAGAUACCUAUACCAUACACAGUGGUGCUUGGAGCUGAUUCCCUGUCAGGUAAUGAGUCUACAAAGCAGGAGUUCAGCGCUGUCAGAUCCAUUCCACAUCCCAACUAUGAUGGACAUGCAUAUGACAUCAUGCUACUAAAGCUCAACGGCAGGGCCCGGCUGACCGAAGCAGUGCAGCUGAUCUCUCUGAAAAUGGGCAGGGUGAGAACAGGGAGUCAGUGCAUCACAGCUGGCUGGGGGGAUAUAGGGGAUAACAACACCAUAGCAAAAACGCUUCAGGAAGUCAACGUUACCAUCUUGCCAGGUCGGACGUGUCGUAGGAGAUGGCGAACGGUUCCCAUCACCAGAUCGAUGGUCUGUGGCGUUGGGUCGAGGGUCUUUCAAGGUUUCUGCUCGGGGGAUUCAGGUGGUCCUUUGGUGUGUCAUGGAGCUGUAGCAGGUGUCGUCUCCUUCUCUGGCCGGCGAUGUGGAGACCCCAGGGCCCCUGAUGUCUAUACACGCGUAUCGUCUGCCUGGGAUUGGAUUGCAAGUGUGUUAAACAACAAGUAGGCAAAUUAGAUUGAUUGAUGAUGUGUCAAUAUGCCUGACUGGGUUGUAUUCUUCAAGACAAGGUUCCUAAUAAUAUACAAACAUGUGGCGGUAUCUCGUUUCAUAUCCGUUUAACAACGCAGUGCUGUGGAUGUUGAGAUGAGGGGAUAAAUUAUUAUUUUUGUCUCCAGUUGACGUUUUUGUUUUUUUUAUAUACAGUAUGCUUGUGAAAUGGGUUUGGGAAAAUAUUCUUUUCAUGCUAAAGUUUCAAAAGUAUACUGAGCUGAAUGUAGAAACAAACCUAAAACAAAAAUGUCAGGUAAAUUCCAAUUCACACAUUUCUUUGUUGUUCUGAAAAUAUGUAAUAUGUAUUGUACACAAUCUUAACAUGAUGAAUAAA